AUGAAGAAAUUUCACAAAGUGAAUCAUUACGUUUCUUAUUGUGGGCAAGCCCCUCUGAACAGCCGGAUUGUGGGUGGAGAGGGCGCCCCUUCUGGCAAUUGGCCCUGGCAGGUUAGCAUCCAUUAUGACAUCUUAGGACAACACAUCUGUGGAGGGACUCUCAUCAACAACCAGUGGGUGCUAACUGCUGCCCACUGCAUUGAGAGCUCAGCUGCCUUGUACACAAUCUACCUGGGCAGGCAGACCCAGUAUACCCUUGCCAACCCCAAUGAAGUCAGGCGUUCUGUCCAGUCAAUCAUCAUUCAUCCUGACUACUUGAAUAAGCCAUUUGCUAAUGACAUUGCUCUUUUGAAGCUGAGUGAGCCGGUCACUUUCACCGACUAUAUCAGACCCGCCUGCCUGUCAUCCAACAUGAGCACUUUCCACAAUGCCACCACCUGCUGGGCUACUGGCUGGGGAAAUGUGGGCGUUGGAGAGUCCCUUCCAUAUCCUCAGACACUUCAGGAAGUGAAGCUUCAGGUAGUGGGGAACAAAGAGUGUGCCUGCAAGUUUGAAACUAUUUUGGCUGGUGUCAUUCAGCCCACUAUGAUCUGUGCUGGAGGGAAGGUGGGAAAAGCUGUUUGUCAGGGAGAUUCUGGAGGUCCCCUGCAGUGCAAACAAGGCUCCGUGUGGGUGCAGGCUGGUAUUACCAACUUUGUGGUCCCAUGUGCCACUGGUAAAGCCCCAGACGUCUAUGCCCGUGUGUCUGCAUUCCAGACUUGGAUCAUGAAGGAAGUGGGAGAUGGACCAGGUCUUGGCUUUGUGAAAUACACCUCCAAUGGCAUGGACACAGAUAAUGAUUUCACCUGCAACAUCACAAAAGAUAGUAAGUGGACAUUUUCAAAUAACCUUCCAUCUACUUUUGAUCUAAACUCUCUGUGCUGUGCAGUUACUCUACAUAAUAAAGUAAACCAGAUCUAAUAUAGUUAUAAUGCUGGAUGCAACUAAAGAGUGCAACACAACUAGGGGGAA